CUUACAUCUGUGUGUGAAUUAAUUAAUGUAUUUUAUAAUUGUAGUAGUGUUGCCUAGCUACAGUGUGAAUGACAGAGAUUGAAAUUAAAGCAAUUUUGUCCUAAAUUUGUGAUUAACAAUUCACUAUUUGUUAUUGCCGAUGGUUGUCACUUAACAUCCUUAUUUUAAAUUAAAUGCUACUGUUCUGUGUUUAAGGGUUAAUCUUUGAGGUUACAACGUUAACAGAAAAAUAGGGCUAUCAGUUCCAUUCAGAUAACCUUUGGUCAUCAGAGGACUCGAAGCAAAGUUGUGACCUUAGGGCUUGAACUUUACUGUCACAUGACCAGCUUGUAAACUGACCUGUGGGGUUGACUGUUGCAUCUAAGCUUCACAGAAACUGGCAGGGGGAAACAUGAGGUGCUUUCUAACUGCUGGAGAUUUGUAGCAAAUUUUUGCAUGGAUGGCUGCUAUGCAAGUUACUGGCAAACUGGGAGAAGAAUGAAAUGGAUACAUGGGAAGAUGAUCGCACUGAUCUGCGAACCUGCCUUAUUUGUGGAGACAGAGCUACGGGCCUGCACUAUGGUAUCAUUUCAUGUGAGGGAUGCAAAGGCUUUUUCAAGCGUAGUAUUUGCAACAAGCGGGUUUACAGAUGCAGCCGAGACAAGAAUUGUGUCAUGUCACGUAAACAACGAAACAGAUGUCAGUACUGUCGGCUGCUUAAAUGUCUGCAAAUGGGCAUGAACCGAAAAGCAAUCAGGGAGGAUGGAAUGCCAGGAGGUAGAAACAAAAGUAUCGGUCCUAUUCAGAUAUCUGAAGAAGAGAUUGAAAGAAUUAUGUCUGGGCAAGAAUUUCAGGAGGAGGCCAACAUUUCAUGGAGCAACAAUGGAGACAGUGAUCAUAGCUCUCCUGGUAUACAUGGUAUCUCCGAAGGGAACCAACCAUCACCUGUUUCUAAUCCUUCCUCAAGAUCACUGGAACUGAAUGGGUACACUGCACUCAGGGAUCAAUUCAUAGGGACACCGGUCUCCACGCACUAUCAGUACCUGCCGCACCUUUUUAGCUAUGCUGCUCAUUCAGGUCUGUUGCCAGCUCAACCCCGCAGCUUAGAUCCCCAGUCACAUACUUUGGUUAGCCAGUUGGUUGGAGCAGAAGAUCUCGAACCUCUUGGAACACCAAUGCUGAUUGAAGAUGGGUAUAAGGUAACUCAGGCAGAGCUGUUUGCUCUACUUUGCCGCUUAGCAGACGAGUUGCUUUUCAGGCAAAUUGGCUGGAUCAAGAAAUUGCCAUUUUUCUGUGAAUUAUCAAUCAAAGAUUACACCUGCCUGCUAAGUUCCACCUGGCAGGAGCUCAUCCUCCUCUCUUCCCUUACUGUCUAUGACCGACAAAUUUUUGGAGAUCUUGCUGAUGUCACUUCAAAGUAUGCGCCAUCUGAUGAUGAACUUCAAAGAUUCAGUGAAGAGGGAAUGGAAGUUAUGGAACGACUAAUCUACCUCUUUAGAAAAUUUCAACAGCUGAAGGUUAGCAAUGAGGAGUAUGUGUGCAUGAAAGCCAUCAACUUUCUUAAUCAAGAUAUUGGGGGACUGACCAAUGUAUCUCAGUUGGAGCAGUUGAACAAGCGUUACUGGUAUGUGUGCCAGGAUUACACUGAGUUUAAGUACCCACACCAGACCAAUCGCUUUCCUGAACUCAUGAUGUGCCUGCCAGAAAUACGCUACAUUGCAGGUAAACUAGUCAAUAUUCCUUUGGAACAGCUGCCUCUGCUUUUCAAAGCAGUCCUGCACUCAUGUAAAACCAACACAAAUAAAGAAUGAGCCGUCAGCCUGUGGCCCUCGAAUUUUCCAUGCCUUACUGCCUCAGGUGAAGAAGGAAUACAGACGGGGAAUAAAGUUGACCAAGGUUCGGAGAACAGGGAAAAUCCUCAGAUUGAGAGUGAAGCCUUGUGACUCUGAAAACAGCUAAAUUUUACUUUAUCUAUUUAUUUCACGACAGAGUUGAAUGUAUGAUCUUCAACACAGUGCACAUGCUUCUGUACAAUGCAGUUAAUGCAUUUCCUUGCAGUUUACGGUAUGUAGGGUCUUAUUGUUACAGUAUUACCAUUUUAGGUCUAGUUGAAUUUUUUUAUAUUUUUGGGGGAGGGGGCUGAGCAAAGUUUUGUUUUAUUAAGACUACCUCAAUAAUGAGAUGACCAUUUGUGUCUCUCUCCAUUUCAUAUGCCUUAAGGCUGUCACUAAAGUGGUCCAUUCUGGCAAGCUGCUGCCUUGUUACAACAAAUCGGUACUAACUGCAAUCAGAUCGAUUGCAAACUCUUUAUUUCCAGACUUUGCAAGAGGUUUUAUUUAAAAUGUUUAUAUUUGUUGUGUAGACAUCAUUUUUGUACACAAAUUCAGUGGGGAUCCUACAGAAGGAUGGUGCAAUAAAGUGCAUCCAGGUGCUGUAACCAGGCUAUUUACAGUGGUUUUUUACUGAUGAGUGAGGCAGUUACAAUUGGCAUCUAAUGGGAAAAUGCAAUUAUUUUUCUCUCAUGAAGCUAAUACUUUAUCAAUAUUACAUUUGGUACUGAUGCAGAUGCGUAAGAAACUGUGCCAUCUUGAAAUAUUUACUGUCAACCAAAAAGCCCUGCUAAGCUAUACCGGAAUACUGAUAAUAUGUUAUUAACAUGGUUUCUCAGAACAGACAGGUUGCCAUGGUCAAGGAUCAAUAGUCAGUAUGUGUAAAAACCAAAGAUUUCAUGAACAGGAAAUGGUAAAUACGUUUCAAAAUUAUUAUGCAUUGUAUGUCUAAAAUGUCAAGCAGUUCUAAAUUAUUUUAAAUCCUUGCCUAGGGAUAACAUUAGAAGGAGCUAAAAUCUGAGUUUUAAAGUUAUAUUCUUAAUUGGACUUUUGUAAACUUGAAGUACAAGGCAGCAUUGCUUCCCAAGGCACAUGUACCUAUAUAUCUUCCCUGUCAACACCAUUUGGAGUUGUCAUUGGGGAAAAGCUGUUUGGCAAGUCAUAUUAUCACUUACAAAACAUUAUUGUGAUCCUGUUAUCUAUUUUUAGACUUGUGGGUGAGGGAAUAGAGUUGUCCUAGAAUUCUUGCACAAUUAUGAAAUUCAGAACUAUACAGAUCUUCUUUCAGAUAAUCAAAAUCUGCAGUACUUUAUACACCACUAUUUGUACAUGUUGAAGAUUCAAUAUAAGUCACUGACAUUUAGUAACAUGGCUCCAUCGUCUCCCUGUAUCCAAAUCCAUUCAUUUACCCUUUAAAUAAAAUACCCUGUUGACAUAUUUGUAGAGCCCAAAUAUUAGUCAAAUCAACGGCAAUGCCCUGUAAAGAACCUCUUUUUGCAAUUUCACCUUCUAAGUGUACUCAUGGUUUGAUGAAGAAUUCUCUCAAUUUAUAUAAUUAUUUCCUUUGAUCUCAAAGUUGCCAAGAACAUCAGAAACUUUUUAAAAACAAAAAAAAAUCUUAGUGUUUUUGAGAUGCAUUUACUUGCAGUAAGUAGGGAUUUUAGCAGUUAUUCGUGAAUGCAGUUAAUUUUUUAAAGUAAUCAAUUUCCCUUCAAGAUUCUGCUGGUUUUAUUCCAACUGUACAAGCAUACACUAUUACACACUCCUAAUGUGAAAUAGAUUUACAUGGCAUGUUUUACCUCAGAUGUUCACAGGGAAGAUUUGUAGGUGCCUGUUUUACCUCAAUAUUUUUUGCAUUUUUUUUCUCCACUAGUUAACCAAGAAGACCUUUUUAUGCAAGGUAUUCUUUCAGCUCCCUGUCCUAAUUUGUGAUCACAUUAAAUUCAAUCAUUCCUGCAGCCAGACUCCAGAUAUGCUCAGUUUAAGGCAAGAGAUUCAUGCCAUUUUUCAAAAUAAUGGACUCAUUUCUGAUGAAAAAUAUUUAAAAUUGCAUAAGCUAUUGAUUUUUUUGCAAAAUGCUUCUCACCUGUGUAAUCACUCUGUUUAAAAAAAAAAUGGUCAAAGCCAUUUGGAAUUGGCAUGGAAAUGACUAUCAAAAUGCUCCAGGAAUAGCUAUAAUAUUUGUAGCUUAUUAUGCUUGAAAAUUGACAUACCUGAACUCUCCAAUGCAGGCGUCUUCAUCAUAUUCGUCCACAAGUCUUGAAUGGCUUGUUUUAAAACAGGGUAAAGUGAAUGUGUUGUGUUGCAUACAAAAAUUACUCAGGUAUUAUGAUGAAAGUAGAUGAACUAGUUUUAGAAGUAGAAAUUUUGAACCCCAAGUAUCUUUCCCUUUAAAUUGCAAUUGAGGGCAAUGGUUGAAAGGCUGGAUACUUUACAGGGAAUUGAGAAUUUAAAUCUUGCUUUAAUACAUGGGUGAGCAUGGAUGACAUGAGACCUGUUUGCAAAAACAAAUGCAGCUGAAUCUUGAUGCAGUUCCCCAACAAUGUGUGCAACAUUUGCCAAGUAAAGACUCAGAAUUGUUUAUUGCGUUGCAAUUCCCACCAAAAAAUACAGUACUUGAAUGAUAAUUAGUAAAAUACUGAUAUGGUUUGAAGUUACACAUCUUCCAUAAUUGGAGAUGGGGAUAAUAAAUGGAGACCUUAAUUGAGAUAAUUAAUUGGUUACAAUUCUGAAUCAUGUAAUUUGUAAUGGUACUGUAACUGUUUCUUGUUGGUGUGUUAUACUUUCCCAAAUACAAAAAAUUUGACAGAAGCAAAAAUUUAAUUUAUUUACCUGAUCUCAUAGCCAUUUCUGGUUAAUAUCAAAUAACUUUAUCAUUGUUUGCCACUUUAUCAUUAUUGGAAUUACUUGGUAAAUGUGUAAUACAUACAUUUGAAAGCAGCCAGUAAAUGUGAAAUAACUGAAAUGAAACCAAAGUCCAGUAUGUGAAACUAAAAGCAUUUUGUAUCACUGUGAAAAUGCUUCAGAAUGUAAACAUAGAGGCAGCACAGUUAGUUUCAUCAAUUCCUUCAAACAUGAUUUUCCAGACCUUCAAAGCAAAAUCCCUCUUUAAACUUGAAAUUUAUUUCUACCUUUUGUUUUAAUUACCUUUUACAAGUUUUUUUUGUGAAUGUGGCUGAAAGUAAACCACAAAUAUUAAUUAUUUACUUUUUUAAUUGAGUUAAAUUUUCAAGUUAGAUGUUUGUGAAAAUGUAUCUCUUUCUCAGGAUGAUAAGCGGCAAUCAGUCCUGCUGUGUAGCCAAAAGCAGGAGCGGGGAGGUUGGGGGGGUGGGAGGGUAAGUUGGUGUAUAGUGAAACUAUAGAAACAAGUAGUGUUUAUAGAAGAUGUUUAAUCCUAAGUGACAAAUAAUUAAUACAGUAGCAUAAUCCUGGCUUUUCCAAGGGUCAUCACUGCCUUGCACGCAUUGCAGUUUGUAGCUCAGGGAUCUAUAUUUAAAUAAAUGACCACUGGAAAAAACAACUUUAUGCUGAAAGCUACUUUCAUGGACAAAUUUAGGGGUACCAAGUCGUAUACAAGUGCUUAAAAAAUAGUUUGACUCAAAGUUAGUUACUGUGAGUAAAUUGAAUAUUACUACUCCUUCGUUCUCAUGUUCCUGUAUAAAUAGCCAACCCUGGCUGCUAAUAGUGGAUGCAUAUGAUUCUUCUGGAUCAUGCAUCUAUUUCGUCCUUCCAUAAAAAAAUACUUUGCAUUAUUGUCAUCAUUAUUCAUUACAAAUUGAUAUUGCCCUCAAGGUAGUAUAAAGUGACUAAUAAAUACUUCGAUAAUAGAUUUACUUUGAACCCCAUUUUCAUUGCUUUUAAAGUCCUUUGUUCAAAAUAUGAAUCUACAUUGGCAAGACUUUAAAAUUCUGUUUGCUUUCAAACCUGUAUUUCAAAUAUAUAAUUACUACAUAUUUGGGUAUAUUUAGUUAAUGGCAUCACUCGUGAAAAAAAUACUGUUGUAUUUGACGCAGUUAUCAAAAAUUAAGUGGAUUCCUUUAGGAGUUAUUGUUAUAGAACCAUAAAUAGACCUUUUGUUUACCUGCCUAUUCCCAGAUGCCCAUGAAAAGGUGGUGGUGAGAUACCACUUUGAUCUGCUGCAAUCCUUUUUUUUUGCUACAUUAUAACAGUGUAGCACAGGUCAUGAUGACAAACUAAUUAAUCUCAUCUACCUGUUCAUGUGUCUGUCUAAAUGUCUGUUAGAUAUUGCUUUAUCUGCUUCUUCCAUCUUUUCCAGGCAGCAAACACAUUUGGUUAGUUCAAGUUUAUUGUCAUCUGACAGUACAUGUAUACAGCCAAAUGAUACAAUGUUCCUCCGGACCACAGUGCACCCACAAACAUAUAUCGCACACAGCACAAACCAAAAUAUUAUACUAUUAAUAAAAUAUAAUUCAAAAAGCAUGUGGUAAAGUGUUAUGGUAUUCUGCAACAUGGUAACAACUAGGUUGUGUUAAUCUCAUUUAGUUCAUGAGGAACCUACAAUAUUCUAGUACGUUACUCAAGAGUGGGAGCUCUGUCCCUGUCCUUGUGCACAUUGUCCACUGCUGAUCCAUAUAUCGUGUGUACCAACAAUGUUUAUUUUCAAAGCAUUUAAAAAUGAAGGGUUGUUUAUUAUUAUAGUUCAAACAAUUCUUUGACACGUUCAAAUUUCUUAAAUGCUAAAAGAUUGAUCUGCCCACAUUGUAUUUAGGCUUUUUUUCAAAAUUGUUUAUCAUAUUAGCCAACUGAUAAAUAACGAACACAAUAAGUAUUAUAAAAUAAUUUAGCAUGAAAAGAAUUAUAAAUAAUUACACUAUUUAGCAAAACAUUUUUUGUACUUAAAGCAAGUCACAACAUAUAGCAACAAAUUGAAGGAAAAAAAUGAUCGAAUGCUACAGAACUGUUUUAGUGUUUAUAAAUAAUGUUAACACUAUCAUAGGAGAAUGUCUUGAUAUCCCAAAUAUGUCCAUGAGAAAAGUGCAGUAUCUCUAGAAAGCGCCAGUCAGUGGCAGAAGGAACCAGAUUAUCUAAUUAUCAGUUUCAUAUUGCCUUUUGUGAGUUGUGUUUUCUUGAAUUGUGGAAUGUGUCUUGUAAUAGUUGAUGCAUAAUUUACACAAAUGACAGUGUGGAAAAACUACCUCAUGUGACAUCCUGUUGUUUUAUGUCAUAAAGGGAUAAUGUGAAAUGUUAAAUUUUUUUGCUGUUUACAUAACUAUGAAGGUGUAAAUUUUAACACUCUAGUGCUUGAAUGCAUCACCAUUUUCUUUACAGCCAUUAAGCUACAUUUUAACCUGCAGAAUCACAGUGAAACCCAAGUCAGAUUGUUUGUGCUCUGGCUAAAGUAGAUUUGGUUAAUGAACUCUGCAAGUGUAGACUGUAAUUGGUGAAAGUAUACUGAAUGUAUCUUCACUCACUGCUGUAUACCUGAUGGUCUCAGCCUGUAAUAAAACUCCACCUUACAGCACAGAAUGAGAAGUUGAAAUGAUUUACAUUGCAAGUUACAGACAUAAUUGCUAAGCAGUAGCUCUCAAUUCAUUUUUAAUUAAAUUAUAUAAUCUUUAAUUUGGUUGAUCAUAAUUUGUAAUUCUGAGAAACAAAGCAAAAAUGUAAUGGUAGUAGCCACUAAUCAUUCUGUAACCCUUUCUACGCACAAAUCAGGAAAGUCAAGUCUUUGUCAGACAAUCCUCUGCCAAGUGUUCAGAUCUGUUGAGAAAAUGCUACUUGUUAAGGUACUGCUCCCCAAACCAAUGCAUGGGUAUCUUUUCUGCACUUGUUGCAAUGAAAUGUAGUUUGCCAUCUGUUUUAAUGACAGAUUAAUUAGUACAUGAGAUUUUAGUUCAUCUAAAUUGAACCAGUUUGUGUAGUCUUUUGUUUGGAGAUGCAUUCGGAAAUAAUUAUUUACCAAAUGAUUUUUUGGACUAAAUGAGUGAAACCCAUUGGAUUAUGUGACCUUGUUAAAACUGGAUUUAUAGACAUUAUUGAACAGUUGAUAAUUCCCUUGGAAAUUGCAUAAAUUUGUGAACAACAAGGGAAUAGUUCCAGAAUUUUGUCUGUAAAUCUGCCACACUUCAGUUGAGGAAAGGCCCAACAUCAACUGCCACACUUCUGCUCUGAGAUGACUCAUCUCCCACAACCACACACCACAGAUAUCUGCUUACCACCCACUGCUCGAUAACUUACCCUGCCAUCCCCUCCAUGUAUAAUCGAAGCAGAAGAAUACCUGCAGAUGCUGGGAAUCUGAAACAAAAACAAAAUGCUUGAAACACAGAACAGCCAGCAUCUGUGGGGUGAAACAAUCAAAGUCAAUGACCUGGCAGUUCAGAAUGCUUCAUUUAUGUUUCUCUUCCAUUGUGUUGUUAUCAGCCUCAGGGAGUGGCACAGUGGUGACCAACUAUUCCUGGAGUAAAAUUGCUAAUUGUGCAUUAGCUUGUUUAUAAUUGACAUACUUCCACUACUAAACACAAUUACUGUAAAUCAUAAAAUAUUUGGACAGUGUCUUAUGUUCUGCAGCAUCUUCUAAGUUCACAUUUUUCCAACAAUGUGAAUAAAGCAACUUCCUCAUUGUAAUAAAAUUAUCACAUUAUACAGCCAAGGCUACAGUGCAAGAGCAGGAUAAUAGCUCAUUUUACAUCUUCCAUAGUGUGCAUUUAAAGAUAGGGUCUAGAAGGGCAUGUCAGAAAAAUAUUCAUAGAAUCUUCCAGUAGGGAAGGGGGACAUUUAGUUCAUCACUACUUCCUUGCCUUGCUACAUAGUUUCACCCACAGCUAUUUCUUUGAAAAUUACUGUUGACCUUCCACCAAGUAAAACUGAGUACAUUAUUGAUCUUCCAUUUAAAAAAAAAACGAGCCUUAUCAUUACAAGAUGAUAAUUAUCAGAUAUCAAAUCAAGUUUAAUUAUCAUUCAAAGCAUAUAUAGAUAACCGAGACAGUGUUCCUCUGGAGCCAAGGUCUUCGCUCCUUUUUAAAUUCCUAGUAAUAAAGUAAUAAUACAUCUUUAUAUUUAAACAUCUGUCACAGUUAUCAGUCUUAAAUUUAGAUAAUACAUGUGCAUUUCAUAAGCAUAAUGAAAAUAUGGUUUCAAAUGAUACCCAUCAAACCACAGAAUUUACAGUAGAAACUUGCAUCUGGUGUGAUUUGGUUUCCAUGUAAUAUCUUUGAGAGUGAUUAUUGUAGACCAGUGUUUCUGGUUCAUUGUACCAGUUAAUGUAGCCCUGUUAGUGAAUAUGCAGUAGAAAUGCCAGCAGGUUUACCAAUGUAAUGCAUUGUUGCUGGCCGGAUCAAAAAAUUAAGCACAAGGCAGGUAAAAUAAAAUAACUUUGCAUAUUGGAAGAAAUGUUAUUAUUUCAAAGUUCACUGGGCAGAGGAUUCUGUUUUCAAAUUACUUGCUUUAACAAAAUUAUGUUCAGAUUAUCAUUUUGAGACAGUUCACUUCAAGGAGUGCUGCUACUUUACACUUGCAACAGUACAGCCAAUGAGCCUUCAUUUCUUUGUCAGAUAUAGUUACGGGUAAACUGAAGCUGAUUGGCCCUUCAAAAAACAUCUGUUGAAAUAAUUGCAACAUUGAUUGCAAGUUCAAAAAAAUUUUAGCUUUUCCCAAAAUCCCUUGAAUAAAUCAGGGAAGCAUGAUGUCACUUCAGCUUAACAUUUGAUAAUUAAUAUUUACGUCUCUUUCAACUGUGGAAAGAUGUCUGAUUAUUUACAUCAUAGCAUAGGGCGAUGGGAUCAAAAUUCAGAGCCAUAUAUUGUUAAAAAUGAAGUGUGCAUCAUAAUGUUUUUUUUCAUGUAUUAGAAAUGUAAAAUGUAAUAAAGGUUUCUUUCUGGAUUUCUGUUUGCUCCACUCUGUAACUUAACUACCUUCUGAGAAUUAUGUGACCAAUAAGUGUUAAAAAGCAUGUUUAGUAUGUUAGAAAUUUGA